AUGGUUGAGAGAGCCAAAGUAUUAGAAAGGAACGUGGCAGAGGUGGAACGGCAAAAGAGGAAACAAAAGGUGGUGAGGGGACCAGUGUCGUCUAGAAACAAUGUGAAUCUGAGAAGAACGCCAUACACUCGACCAACACAAACGUCAAAUUCUGGGGGGUCUCGAUCAGUAACCACUGUCAGACAGUCUGGGCAACAAGGGUUAGUGAAGUGUUUUCAAUGUGGGGGACCCCAUUACCGAUCGUCAUGUCCUCAGAUGACGGGAGAGAAAUAUUGCACUCGCUGUAGAAGGAACGAACAUUUGGACAGCGAGUGUAACAUGGGUGGACGAGCGGUCAUGAGGCCACCAAACGUGGGAAGGAUGCAGCCAGGAAGGGGAGGCCGAGCGCAAGCAGUAGGAAGAGUCUAUGCAAUAACGGGCGCUGAAGCUGCCAGUUCAGGUACACUCAUAACCAGUACCUGCUUGUUAUAUGGAAUGCCCUGUUGCGUAUUGUAUGAUUCGGGGGCAACCCACUCCUUCAUCUCGAAGGCGUGCGUUGAGAAACUGGGGUUAGCGGAGAGUGAGAUGCAGUUCGACUUGGUGGUGUCAACCCUAGCGGCUGGUGAGGUUAGGACAUCUACAGUGUGCGUCAGAUGUCCUAUUGAGGUAGAAGGGCGUAGAUAUAAGGUAAACCUCAUCUGUUUACCUUUAAAAGAGUUAGAAGUGAUCUUAGGAAUGGAUUGA